AUGGUGAGAGCACGCAUUGAGGACGGCAUCGUCUAUUCGCCAUUUCCUGAGCACCCUCCUGCUGAGAUUUCGAUGUUCGAAGCCGUACGCCGGUCCCUCAUCAAACACGGAGACAAGACUGCGCUGAUUAUUGACGACGAGAAGAUCACGCACACGGAGAUGCUCAGUAUGUUUCGAAGGUUCGCCGCCGGCUUCCAAAGACAAGGCGUACGACCAGCCGACCGUGUUUUCGUUCACAUUGAAAACUCCGUGGAGAGCUUUAUCGCUUUGUACAGCGUUAUAUUUGCUGGGGGCGUUGUCAUCUUAUCUGAUCCGCAAUUGACAGUGGAUGAAAUUUUACUCAGAAUGAAACAUGGAAAUGCAUCUCAUGUGCUCUCAAUCUCGAAAGAUUGUCAUAAGUUUAAGAAGAUAAAGGAAGAAAUGAAUCUCAAGAAAAUUUUCGUCGUAGGGAAGUCCGAAGGAUGCACGUCGAUGUCAGAGUCUACAACCCUGAAUGAGAGUGAGUUCCAAGAAGUGCCACUGACUAACGUCAAGAAAGAACUGGCCGCUCUGACUUACACAUCGGGUACCACCGGUAUCUCCAAAGUUGUUGAAGCAACCCAGUACAGCUUCGUGACAGCCUUAGAGCCCUCCAGGUUAGACAUAACUUUCGACGAGACUGAAGUCAUCGCCACGUGGGGACAACUAACGUUUUCCUUCGGCUUCCGCUAUUUCCUGAGCAUCGUGUGCUCCGGUUCCACCGCCGUUGUUCUUUCACGAGACACACCGGUCCAGAAAAUGGUCGAUACUCUCCGUAAGCACGAGGUCACGACUCUUUCCGGACCCGUCGUGGUACUACAGCAGCUCGUUAAAGAAUUGGAAAGAACGAGCGCGAGGCUCGACAGCGUGACCAAGGUGGAGGCGUACGGCGUUCUCCUCUCGAAACAGGUGGCCAGGGAAAUUCUUUCCGCAUUCAAUUUGAAAGGGUUCAGGAAUCCCUAUGGGGCAACGGAAGGUGGAGGCAUGAUCUGCACGACCUUGAAAAACCGGAUCGCUUGCGACACAAUUGGGUUUCCUGUGCCCAUGACUCAAAUAAAGGUUGUUGACACGGAGACAGGAAGAGUACUCGGGCCAGGAGAAAAAGGGCAAUUGUACAUCAGAUCGCCGGCGCUAUUGGCGAGCAACCGCAACAACCCGGACUCCACUUCGGUUGUGUUUACCACUGACGGCUGGAUGCUAUCAGGUGACAUCGGAUACUAUGACGACGCCGGGCAGUUCUACAUCGUCGAAAGAAUGAAGGACUCCUUUAAGUGCAUGGGACGUCAGGUCUUACCAACGGACAUCGAAGCUGUACUGCUGAGUCACGCAGACGUCGCUGAAGCAGCGGUUGCUGGCGUUCCUCAUGACCAGUAUAAUGAGGUCGCCAAAGCCUUCGUCGUGCUCAAGCCUGCUUCGCAAAACAAGGCCAUAAGAGCCACGGAAAAUGAUCUGCAAGACUUCGUUGCAGAUCGUGUUCCAAUCUACAAGCGCCUGUACGGAGGAGUAGUGUUCCACGAUUUUCUGCCAAAAACCGGCACGGGAAAGAUUCAGAAGCAAAUUCUGAAGGGAACUGCCUAA